AUGGCCGUCGCAUCUUCUGCGAAGGCCAAGUCGGCCUGCAAAUCCAGCAAUGCCAACAGCGCCAACCCCAAGGCAAAGACACAGAUGCACCGCCGUUCCAGGACAGGAUGCUACACCUGCAGAUUACGCCGCAAGAAGUGCGACGAGGGCUCGCCAAUGUGCUCCGCUUGCAAACACCUUGGUUUGACAUGCGAAUACAAGCGCCCAAUGUGGUGGAGCAACAACGAUGCCCGCCGUAAGCACAAGGACGACAUCAAGAUGAUCAUCAAGCGCAAGAAGCUCUCGGAAAAGGCGUCGCACACCAUCCAGACUUCCGUCGGCUCUCCUCCCGGCCUGUCGCACUCCUUGCCUACCUCUGCCACCUUCUCAGACCCUCUUGACCGCACCCGCUCCGCCUCCAUCGACUCGCACUUUUCCACGGCUUUCAACUUCAACAGCCCGCCCACUGCCGAGUAUGCUGCCUACAACCCCCAGAUGCACCCUGACUUUAUGUUCGGCGCCUUCCCUUCGCCGUACGAGAUCGAUGUCAAGACGGAACGCCAAGUUUACAUGAACGAUGUGCCCACUCUGAGAGAGUCGCAUGUUUCAACCUUCAGCACCUACCAGACUCCCCCGCCCGCCGGCACCAUCUUGCCUUCCUCGGUUCCUCUUGAGGGCGAGUGGACUGAGCAGGUCUACUCCGAGCGCAAGGAGUCCCUGAGCGAGGAGGCUCUCAACGUCAACUUCUUCGACUUCUCCCAUGGCCCCGCCAUGUCCAACCGCCAAGUCGCAGUCGAGCUUGACGAGAACGACCAGCGCUUGUUGGACCACUUCAUCCAAUUCGUUCUGCCCACCGUCUUCCCAAUCCUCGAGUCCAACCAGCACGGCUCCGUAGGCUCUGACCUGAUCCUCCCCGCUCUGCAGAGCAACAAGGGUUACCUGCACUGCUGCCUCAGCAUCGCCGCCCAGCACUACAAGGCAACCAUGAACGUCCCCGGCGAGGAGAUUGACCAGGACAUCAUGAGACACCGCUAUGCCACAAUUUCCUCCUUGUGCGAUGCUCUCAACAAGGACGAGAACCACCAAGAGAUUCUCGAGGCCGCCUUGGGUCUCAUCUUCUUCCAGUGUGUUGUCGGUCGCUAUGAUGACUCUCUGCCCGACAUCCCGUGGCACCAGCACUUCCAGGCGGCCAUCAGUCUCGUCCAGAAGCUUGAUCUUCCCCGCGUGGUGUCAGAUCCCAACGAGCCCGUCUCUCAGACUCCCUUCAACAUGACCCUGACCUCUUGGAUUGACAUCCUUGGCGCCACGAUGCAAGGACAGGCACCUACCUUCGCCCACACCUACCGCGAGAAGCACUUGUCAACCAUACCCAGCCUGGGCCUCCGCGAGCUCAUGGGCUGCGAGGACCGUGUCAUGUACCUCAUCUCUGAGAUUGCCUGCCUCGAGAAUCUCAAGGGCAGCGGCAUGGACGACAUCACUCUCUGCCAGCAUGUCCACGCCCUCGGUGAGCAGAUCAACUUGACCGAGAUGGGCGAGCCUAGCCCCAAGAUGCCUUACAACACCAACGGUAGCCUCUCUCCCAAGCAGCUCUCCAAGAACAUCACGGCUGCCUUCCGCAUCGCUGCGCGCAUCUACCUCUGCAGCUUGGUCCCCGGCUUCAACCCGGCCCAGCCCUCUUGCGUUGGCCUUGUUGAGAAGCUCGCGAACGUCCUCCAGCUUAUUCCCUCUGGACCUGGAGGCUUCGACCGCAGUCUCGUCUGGGUCUACCUCAUUGGUGGUUCCGUCAGCUUGCCUGACAGCUCCUUCCGCGCCCUCUUCGAUGACCGCGUCUCUCAGCUUGGCGACGUUUCCGACUACGGCUCUUUUGGUCGUCUCGCCUCGCUCCUCAACGAAGUCUGGACGCAGACUGGUAGCAUCAAGUGCAGCGGUAGCCCCGCUGCCAGCCCCGGCUCCUCGCAUGGGUCGGAGACGGUACCAUACAUCCACUGGCGGGAUGUCAUGCAGAUGAAGGGCUGGGACUUUUUGCUGAUGUAA